UUCAGGUUUUCUAUUUGUCGUGUUUCUCUUCACUAGGAAUUAGACUUGUGGAUGGGCAAAGGCGUGAAUAUACCACUAUUAUAUCACUAUUUUGACUACCUAUCUUGAGUGACCAAUAUCUCCAAUAUUUGUAGCUUUGUAUUACCCGACUGUAAGAAUAGAAAGGAAAACGCUAAUUCGACCAUCUAAUGACUAUAAAUCUCAAGUCUAAUUGAUGACGAGUAAACUCUGACAAGUUCAAUUUAGAAGGUACACCGCUUUCUCAUUCAUUACGCAAAACAACAUUUAACAUUCACAAUUGUAAUAUAUUGCCUAGAAGGGCUUAAAAAUAUCGUCUGGUAAUCGCAUUUAACAUCGACCAAGAGUUGGAAAGCUCUCAGAAAUAAAAAUGUUGUUGUUAUGGACGUUGCUAUGCUGUUAUUUCUGCUUUGAUUGCAAAAGUGAAAGAUUGCACCAUCUUAAUUAAAUAUUUAUUAUGUGAAUUAUUAGCCACCAUAUUUUGAAGCAAAUUUGCUUGUUGUGUGAAAAUACGUAGGUGAUUAUUAUAACAUUUCUAUAAAUUUUGACCUAUUAAAGUUUCUAUUUUUUUCCCUUAAAUUCCCGCUGACGAAUUUGCAGGAAUUUUUUUCAACGGUUGAAAUCCCCAGAUAGCUUAACAUGAACUUAAAACAAGUUCAGUUAUAAUUAAUAAUUUUAAUUAUGACGUAAUUAUGGCUUGGACUUAACGAUGUCAUUUUAAUAAUAAAAAAGCUGAUUAAGCCGUCUCAUUUAUGUCUAUUGUUGGGAAAUCGUGACUCAUAUUUUCAAAUUCGUACAUAGACCUCUUUGCUUGGCGUUAUAAUGUAGAAAAACAAAAGCUCUGGGGCAAGGAUGCUACAUUUCACCACAAGGAGCAUCAUAAGCAAUCUGGUAUUUACUACCAAGCCCUUUUCCAUGAUCUACUUAUCAGUUGCUAUAAACUUAGUAUAAGCGACGAAAAAAACCUUUCAGACACAUCAUAAUAUCCUGCUGUUGUCAAGCUUUGUGAAUUAUUGUUUAUAUAAAUUAUAUAAAGCAAAUACCACCCUCCGAGAUUUUCUCUUCACCGCAGAGGUUUUUUAUAAGUUAUCUUCGAUGUUAGGACUUUCCAAGUUCGUUGACUCAAUAAAAAUAACCGGCCCCUCCUAGAAAAAUGCCUUUAUAUAAUAUCCACAAUGUUAUUAAUUCAAACAUCAAGACAAGCGAAAAAUUAUAAUGGCGACUUUAAUAUUGGAUCCGGAAGAGCGGCUAAGAGAGUUACUCCAGAUCAACAAAGCAUGGAAGGAAAGUUAUGACAAGCUGUCUGAAGAAAACCAAACACUGAAGAACCUAUUAUUGGCUUCUGCAAGAGAAUGUGACAGGGACCGGUAUAGCAGACCAAGAAAGCUUCUGCUAUCAAAACACCAGAUACUGAAGCAACAAGAACGGGCAAUUAUGUUGCACUCAGUACCAGGACUUCAUAUUCCUGGCACAUUUAUUGCUACAAACGUGGAGAGAGAUGGUAUAAUGCAGAAGAUGUAGCUAUGAUAUUCACAUCGAAGCAGCUGAAGUAGCAAUGUAAAAUUGUGGUUUAUGAUGAAAAAUAAAGUUUAAAUUAAUUGAUGUGUAAUAUAUGCGGUGAACCGUUUUGUGUGUAACUUAUUUAAGAACUUUUAACCUGAGUUUUCCUGUUUUUUUUUGUGUGCAUUGUGUAAUGAUAAGCUUUUAAUAACUAUUAAUAACAUGUAAUGAAUAGAUUACUUGUCAUGGCAAUUACUUAGCAUUUGUUAAUUCUUUUUUAUGGUAACGACGGGUGUGUCAGCUGGGGAUUUGUCAACUGUUGUUGUGUCAGUUGCUAAUAGCAUCUGCUAGAAACGUGGCAUGGAAACGUGGCAUGAAAUGGAAAUUGAUGCUGUUUCAUGCACUUUCUUUGCAGCAAACGUUUCAGCGACUUGUCUGAAUACGCGUUUUAAUUUCACAUUUUUUUCGCAUGUUUUUUUUUUUUAAAGUGGUUUCCUACAUAUUCCCAAAAAACUUAUUUUCUUAAGUUUCUUAACUUUUUGCAAGUGGUUUAAAUAGAAAAAUACUAAAACAUAAGCGCUACAAAAAGCACUGGGUACGAAUGUGUCCAUACGUUUACAUUAGGUGUGAAAAACAGAAACAAAGUAAAUAUAGUAACGAGACAGUUUCAAUUUUCUUUUAAAUCCUUCAAAAAAAACACGUUUAUUGAAUUUUCAAGAUGUCACUCACGUGUGAAUUUUACUGUUGUUAAACACUAUUCUUAACCUCAGACCGCUUUGAGAUACCAAAGAGGUCCGGGGACGGGAACAUUUUCUUGUUAGCGCAAGGAUGAUAGUGUCCUUGUUGUUGUUAGUAAACAAUACGCUUGGCAAAAAAAGCAACAACACAUAUUUUUGUAACCUUUGAAAAGAUAGGUACAGGUGACUCUCUCUAAUUCGAACAAAUUCAAAGUUAACGUCAAAUUUCGUUAAAAACCUCUCAUAAAUGAACCUCCAUAAUUCGAUACUCUCUAAUUUGAUAAACUUUCUAAUUCGAUCUAGAUUUUAGGUCAAUACGGAUAAAUUCUUGAGUGUAAAAAGGCCCUAACCACAGUUUCGAACCAUAUUUCGAAUUUAUAAGAUGUAAAUAGGGCCGUUGAUUUAGAAAGUAGGCUGAAUAAAUAACAGUCAAAUAAUGAUGACUAUUUCCAAAGAUCUUAGAAGAUCUUUGGAA